AUGUCCUCGACAACCACUCAAACUCCAACUGUAUUAUGGGCUCAACGUUCAUCUGAAGAUGACGCUGCCAAAAAUAUCAUUUAUUUAACCAUUCAAAUAUCUGAUCCAAUUGAUUUAAAAAUAGAUUUAAAAAGUGAUCAUUUAAUUAUUGAUUCUAAAUCUAAUGAUUCAGUUUAUUCAUCAAUUGAUUAUCAUUUACAAAUUGAUUUUUUCAAAGAAAUAGAUCCUGAUCAAUCAAAAAUUAAUACUGAAAAUGGUUCACAUAUUUUUAUGAUUCUUCGUAAAAAAGAUCAACAAGAAGAAUAUUGGCCACGUUUAACUAAAGAAAAAUUGAAAUAUCAUUAUAUUAAAACCGAUUUUGAUAAAUGGGUGGAUGAAGAUGAACAAGAUGAAGUUAAAGAUGAUCCAAAUGAUUUUGGUGGACCUGGUGGACCUGGUGGAGCUAUGGAUUUCUCACAAAUGUUGAGCGGCAUGGGCGGUUUAGGUGGCGCUGGUGGAAGUGGCGGUCCUGGUGGUGUCGAUCUUAGUGCAUUGGCUUCUCAAUUGGGUCAAGCUGGUGGUGCUGGUGGUGCUGCAGGUCUUGAUGGCGAAGAAGGCGAAGAAGGCGAAGCAGAAGCUAAAGAAGCGCAAGAAGAAUCAAAUACCACUGCUACUGAAAAAGAAUAA